AUGUUAGUUUUCCCCAUGCAUGUCCAUUUUGCACAGCCAGAGAGGAGUAGCACAAGACUAAGAACUUUCACUUCUGUCACCCCAUUUAUAAUUGAAAGUCUGGCACUUUUACUUCAGAAGACUGCUGAAGUGAUCUUGUGCACUUUAUUUGAGUGCUCUAUUAUGGCAAUGGUGUACUGUAAGCAUGUUAUAGUCAAUAUUAACAACAUGAAGCUCAUUUUUGGCAUCAGUACUAUGACUGGAUUGAACUAUUUUGGCUCAAUUAAUGUGUCUGAUUAUCUCAUUUCUGCUGCUCCUGCUUCUGCCAUCAUUAUUCACCACCUGCAUUCUGCCUCUGCCCUGCCAACUACUGCUGCUGCUCCACCACCACCACCACCACCCACCAUCAUCUCUCUGCCUUCCUCUGGCACCAACAGGGUCUCUGCCCAUCAAAUAGCAGGUAUUAGAGCCCCUGUCCAGUUUACAAAGCUGGUUCUGGAGGAGCAGGAGAAGAAGAAGAAGAAGAAGAAGAAGAAGAAAAAGAAGAAGAAGAAGAGAGAGAAGAGAAAGAAGAAGAAGAAGAGAAAGAAGAAGAAAGAGAAAGAGAAUUAUGAUGAUAAUAAGAAUAAUAAUGAUAAUAAUAAUAAACUUGCCAUUUAG